AAGAAAGCUUUGACAGAUCCAUCGAUCACGUUAAGUGCACAUAGCCCCUCUCGGUUGGUCGCUUUUCGCCCUACCUCUUUCGCUAAGACCCUUGUCCUGUCCCUAGAUAUAGGACGUUUAGGAACCUAUUCUAGAGAUUGUGUGCCAAGAGUGGGACAUUUCUCUGAAUAGUAAAGGUGUAAAGGCUCAACUAGAGAUCUUCUUUCGGUUCUUCCUUUUCUAACCUGAGAGACCCGCUACUCCGGUUUUUCCAUUCGCUACUUUUUUUAAUUGCUGAAAUUGGUGGAAAUGGAUCCUAUCUAUUUAGCGUGGCUCUUCUCUAAAGGAACCCUCGGGCGAAAUAAAUAAUUAUUAUUCUUCUUUCUUUGUCUCCUCGGUUCCUGGGUGAGUAGAAAGGGGUCGAUGAAAGGCCAUUCUAUCUAUGAGUCUAUCGGAGAGCCAGUCGGUAGAGGAUGGGGAGGGGGACGUGGACGAGGGGGAGGCUUUUCAACAUAUGUCCCACCAUUGCCAUUUGUACUUUUUCCUGAGGAUGUUAAGUUGGAGGAGCCUAAACUCAAUGAAUUUGAUGAGAGUAUGAAAAUGUUGCUUAGGAAAGGACACAUGUAUGACGCUUAUAUGAAAGUGUCUCCUUAUAUUGUAGAGGAUGCAGACUUAAAAAAAGCUUUUUUUGUUUUAUUGUCAGGGCGCAAAAGAAUGCACAUAGAAAGAUUUUCUGACAGGAAGAAAUCUAUGUUUUCUCGUGAUUCUCUAUCACAAAUUUUAAAUUUCAAUGCAUUUCCUAAGGAGUUGGUUCAAGGCACAUCUAAGGGAAUGCCAAGCAGGAAAAAAUUUCGAUGGAACCCCGAGGCUGAGGCAAAAAAACUGGCAUUUUUUGAAGAACUAGAGAAGAAGUUUGAGGGGCGACAGGAUAAAGCUGAUAAGGAAAAAAAAGAUGGUGAAAGUGAAGAUGAAGAUGAAAAUGCUGAGGAUAAGGAGCCUGAAGAAGAUCUUAGCGACGAUGAUUAUAAUCAGAAUGAAUAUUUUGAUGACGAUGAAGAUGAUUAUAAUGAUGUAGAAGAGGGGAAUGAUGAAGAUGUCUUUUAAGAUAUCUCUAUGGGGAAUGAUUGAUUGUUUACUCAUCCUGUGACUGCUUCUAUACUAGCAUGGAAUAUACUUGACCUCUAUAUUAACUUAUUUAAUUUAAUUACAUCAAUGUUUACUUUCUUGUAAAUCCUUUGUUUAACUUUCUGCAUGAGCAGAAGAAAUGUAUUUGAUUGAGAUGUUUAAUAAGUUAAUAUUUGUUUUUAGUGAGAUUUUAUUGAUGAAAA